CCACCGCCCUGGGAAGGCGAUGGGCCACGCAGACGCCCUCAGCAGGCUACCACUACCAGAAACAGGCCCCGACCCAGCGCCUGCGCAAGAGGUUAUGACCCUGGAGCUGCUUCCCGACCGACCCAUUCAGGCACAAGAAGUUGCGCACCAUUCCACAAAAGAUAGGGUCAUCUCCCGGGUCCUGGACUGGGUGUGGCGAGGAUGGCCCAGCAGCAGCCCCGGGCCAGAAUUCGCUGGCUACACAAACCGCAAACAUGAAAUGUCGGCCCACAAGGGGUGCCUGUUAUGGGGAAGCAGGGUUGUUGUUCCCCAGCCCCUCCGCAAAAGGGUCCUCACAGCCCUACACGAGACACACCCAGGGGUAGUGAGGAUGAAGGCCCUUGCCAGGAGUUAUGUGUGGUGGCCGGGGAUUGACAGAGAGAUAGAGGCCUGGGUCCAACACUGCCAGACCUGCCAAGAAUCCCGCCCGGAUCCCCCAAGGGCCCCAGUCCAGCCCUGGGAGUCCGCCCGACAUCCAUGGUCACGCUUGCACGUGGACUUCGCUGGCCCCUUCCAGGGAAAAACAUUCUUCAUAGUGGUGGAUUCCUACACCAAAUGGCUGGAGGUCGCACUGGUACCAUCCACUUCUACGGCGGCAGCCAUCCGGGUACUACGUAAGCUGUUUGCGACCCACGGGCUCCCUGACACCCUCGUCUCGGACAAUGGAACCGCAUUCACGUCAGAGGAGUUCCAGACCUUCACAGCGCAGAACGCCAUCCGCCACAUCCGCUCAGCACCAUUCCACCCUGCCACCAAUGGCCAAGCGGAGCGCAUGGUGCGGACCACCAAGGACAGCCUCCGCCGCAUGACACAAGGGGACUGGGAAUACCGCCUUGCCGCAUUUCUUCUAGCACAGCACAGCACCCCAAGCACAACGACGGGCCGGAGCCCAGCUGAAUUACUAAUGGGCCGGCGCCUUGCAACUAGACUGGACCGACUUCACCCCGACAGAGCUCAGGAUGAGGUAGUGGUGGGGAAAGGCAGGAACCCCCGGACAUUUGUGGCCCAGGACCCAGUGUAUGCAAAGAAUUUUGGGGCAGGCCCAGCAUGGGUACCCGCCACAGUCACCAAGGUGACCGGUCCCGUGUCGUACGAGGUACUAACGGAAGGGGGGCAAUGUUGGCGCCGCCACUGCGACCAGAUACGGCGACGAUUCCCAGGAGGAACCCGGGAGGAGAGCGGGACAGAGGGGUCCCAAGGGGACAGCAGGGCAGUGAGGCCUGUAGAGCGAGAGGGGUGGGCAGAGGAAGCAGAAGCAGUAGGCACAGAGGGGCGCCCCGAGGCUGGAAGGACACCGGAACCAGAGCUACAACCUAGUGGUUCAGUGGCGCCAGACCAGACAGCCCCGGCACAGCCAGCAGCCUCGGAACACGAGCCAGAACCAGAACCCCUGACCAAGGAACACCCCAGGCCACAACGCACACGGAGGCGGCCAGCAGACCUUGGGGACUACGAAUGCAACUUCCCGGGCAGGACUGGAACUUAGAGGGGAGGGGUGUUAUGUACUGAGCUGAAUCCUAGAACAAUAGGAUUCAGAAUCAGCGGGAGCUACCCAAUCCAACUCCAGGUGGAAGUGAAUCCGCAACCUGAUUGGCCUGCUGGAGCAGCCAAUCAGGCGGCUGGCAGAAGUGAAU